AUGCGAUUACUCGAUACGUGGACUAUUAAGCUGCGAGAAGAGGAGGAAAGCCAUACUGUCAAGUAUGCCAUACUUUCUCACCGAUGGGAGGAGGAAGAGGUCACUUAUCAAGAUAUGCAAGGUAAUCAAGCCUUACGAUUAUUUGGGUACCAAAAGAUCGUGAGUGCAUGUGAAAAAGCACGGGAGAUGGGAUAUGACCGCAUCUGGAUUGACACGUGUUGCAUCGACAAGACAAGCAGCGUGGAACUGUCGCAGGCAAUCAACUCGAUGUUUCGAUACUAUCAAGGAGCUCAAACCUGUAUCGCUUUCUUGUCGGAUUGGGAUGCAACGUCCAAGGAAAGCUUGAGCGAGUCGAAGUGGUUCAAACGUGGGUGGACGCUCCAGGAAUUGCUAGCUCCUCAGAGAGUUAGCUUUUACGACAAGAAAUGGAAUUAUCGUGGCGAUCGGAUCAAACUCUGUAAAGAGAUUCACGCUAUAACGAGAAUUCAAACUGGGGUGUUGAAUGGUUCAACUCCGCUUGCAGAUGUGCCUGUAGCGGUACGCAUGUCGUGGGCAUCCUCUCGCGAAACCAAGUACAUCGAAGAUAUCGCAUACUGCCUACUCGGAAUCUUCGACAUCAAUAUGCCAUUGUUGUACGGAGAAGGCUCGAAAGCAUUCUUACGGUUGCAGGAGGAGAUCAUCAAGCAAAGCACGGAUAUGUCAAUCUUUGCCUGGUGUAGUGAGGUCAAGAAGCAGAAGUAUACUGGUCUCUUAGCAUCCUCUCCAAAACAAUUUGAGAGUAUGCAUACAUUGGUAGUCAAUCCGGAUGCUUCGAUUCAUUCCCGAGAGUACAACAUCACCAAUCGCGGCAUACGAUUCCACUUAUCGCUCGCUCAAGAUGAGAAAAGUGGCUGCUUCUUGCUUCCAAUCAACCAUGGAUAUGUGAAAGGAGAAAAUCUCGGCGUGUUUCUCCGGCAGGUUGGGACGAACCUAUUUGUUCGCGCUCGACCUUGCGAGAAGCUUGAGACACUACACGGCGGCGAUGUAGCGAAUAAAGAACUCACGGCUGCGGAUGGAUCUUUCCAUGUCAAGACUCUCUCGCUCGAACAGUCAGACGCAAUUGAGAAAAACGUCUUGUCCAUCCAGACUCCAGAAGAAGCCACACUAGACUACGUAGAGCCUGUAGGCAGCUGGUCGCAAUCGGAGAAAAUGCUGUAUGCUGGGCAUACUGGGGUUUUCGUCGGAUACAUGCAGUACUCGUCGGCCUGGUCAGACGCGUUCGAUAGCUUUGUUCUGGUUUGUCAUUUUGCUAAGAACCAUUGGAGUUAUGGCCUUGUACCUGGUGAUGAUUGGACGGAGAUCAAACCCCAUUUCUACGAAAUGUACAGGAACGGGGACAACUUGUUCCAACAAGAUACGGAACUCGUGCUGCCUCACUUGUGGAAGGACCGUAAUGUGAAAGUAGUGAAAGCUUCCUUCGGCGAUGGGCGCUUGCGGCUUGCGUAUUUGCAUCGUCACGACUAG